UUUUUUGUGAAAUGUGCGAUGACAUUGGAACUGUCAAAAACGUCGGAACUGUCAUAGCCAAAGUGUUUUGUGAUCUAGUGUUUAUUCAUUAUCGUUUCCAUAUUUUUUUAUCGUCAGGUACUGAUUAUUUCAUCGAUUGGAAAAUUUUCGCUCAUUGCUGUGUCAGAUAUCCGGCAGCAAUGUCGUAUGGAUACGGAUUACUAUGCUUCGCCGUUUCUGGGGUGUACUGAGACUGUUAAGAAUGCCUGUUACAGAGUCUGGGGACCAGUAUUCUGUCUGGGUGGGGUUAAUUUACAUUUUCAACUUGAUUGUGGGCACAGGGGCUCUGACCCUGCCGGCUGCGUUUGCUAGGGCAGGAUGGGGUCUCAGUACCAUAUCCUUGAUGUUCCUGGCCUUCAUGAGCUUCCUGAACGCCACUUAUGUCAUUGAGACAAUGGCAUGCGCUAAUGCUGUGUUUAAAUGGAAGAGGCUGCAAACAAUUAAAAGAGAGAGUAUACAAGACCAUGAAUCGGAUGAAGACCAGGCCACCUCAAGGAACAGCCAUGGCGACCUCGAAGAGCCUCUGGUCUGCGGGGAGACCAUACCCUCACGUUACUACAGUCUCGAUAGACGCGUCGAACUCGGAGAGAUGGCCAACCUAUUCUUCAACAAAUUGGGCAGGACGACGUUCUAUUGCACUCUCUGUAUUUACUUGUACGGUGACCUUUCUAUCUACUCCGCCGCUGUUGCGAAAUCUGUCAUGGAUGUAGUGUGCACCCCAGUACCUGCCAACGUAACUGACUCCAGACUAUGGGACGAACUGCCGUGCUUCAACUCCUCGUCCCCUGAACACCCAGGCUACACUCGUCUGGACACCUACAGGGUCGCAUUGUUGACCUUCGUAGGGGCGAUGGGGCCCUUCGUUUUCUUCAACGUACAGAAGACAAAGUAUUUACAGCUGUUUACGUCUGGCAUGCGGUGGCUGGCAUUCACAAUAAUGAUAUCGAUGGCAAUACACUUGCUGAUCGGUCGCGGCCCACAAGGCCGGCCGCCUGCGUUCGACGUCACCGGCAUGCCGACCCUGUUCGGCGCCUGCGUCUACUCCUUCAUGUGCCACCACUCGCUGCCAGGCCUCAUAGCUCCCAUCAGAGGCAAGACAAGGCUCGGACUACACCUCUUCUUCGAUUACGCUCUCAUAGCCAUCUUCUAUCUCCUUCUAGCGUUCACAGGAGCCUUUGCCUUUGCGCAGCUAAGCGACUUGUACACUCUCAACUUUAUACCAACAGACAGCGACAACAUAUUUUUAGAAGUCGUCGAAUACUUCCUCGCUUUAUUCCCAGUAUUCACCCUGUCAACCAGCUUCCCAAUCAUCGCUAUAACACUAAGAAACAACCUGCAAAGCCUGUUCCUAGACACUACCAGACUGGAAUCGUACAAUUUUAUUUUAAGAAAACUUGUAUUUCCGAUAGUAACGGUGUUCCCACCAGUACUGCUUACGUAUUAUUUAGAGGAUAUUAGCAUACUCAUAGAGUUUACCGGUUCGUACGCCGGCACUGGCAUCCAGUACUUCAUACCUACGUUCUUAGUUGUGUCCGCGAGGCGCCAUUGCUCAAACUUACUAGGGUUAGGGGUAGUAAAUAAGUAUAAAAGUCCAUUUUCUCACGUUGCGUGGGCUAUAUUUGUCCUACUGUGGUCUUUCAUGUGCAUUAUCCUGGUUUCAGUAAAUAUAUUCGAAAAGAAAUCAUGACGUUAGUUCUAAGAUGACGUUAUGACGUCAGGCAAAAAAUUCAAUAUGGCGGUACCGCUAAUCGAUAUGUCAAGUUCAGAUGUUAUAACAAAAAAUAUAAGCUUAUUGCAUUUACAUGACUAAUUAAUAUUGAAUCAAAUAGCUGUAUAGAAAUAUAUGCGCGUUCAAAAAGACAAUAUAAUAAUUAAUAAGUUUGUAUCCCGUUUACAUUGUAUAUAAAUUGAAAUCUUAAUACUUAAUAUAUUAUUCAUAAUAAAUCCAUGUAGUUAUUUGUCUCAAUCUCGAUUCAAUUUAACCGUUUGUAUUUUUGUAUUCAGGAGAAAUGCUAUUAAUAUUAAAUAAGAAUCAAAACCAGUUUCUUAGACCCCACAAGUCUUGGUCACAUCAACAGAUUGAAAGAAAUGGUGUGUGUUUCCAUUUAUGUGAUUCUGUUAUCUUCGCUGGCCGAAAUGUCACUUGUUGAUGUUAAAUUCAAUCAAAAUAAUGAAUAUUUAACAUUAGUAAUGACAUGCAAAGCAGUUUGCAUUCUAAACUAACUUUUUAUCACAUAGCGUUAAUUAAACCAUUCAAAAAUAAUUAAAAUUCACUCAGUGAUUGAUACCUUUGGAAAUUUAUAAGUAGUCAAUAUUUUUGUUUCUUAGAUUGUAGAGUGAUUUCAUUUGUUUUAUAUAUUUUUAUUUAUUAUGUACCUAUAUAUUUAACAUAAAAUGCAUAAAUGUUAGCCCAUACUGCCUUUAUAUUUUAAUAAUAGUGAGUUUUACUUUGAUCUCUGUGUAUUCUGAUAUAUUUUAUUAAAACCCUUUGCUUGCGCAGGUAGAUCUCAUUAACAACUAUAAUCCAAUGUUUAAAUACAUUACGUAAAAUAAUAUUAUCUGUAAGCCAUUUGGAUAACGCACAAAAUAAAGUCGCUUUUUUAUGGCAUAAAAUCACGAUUAAAAUGAGAACCGGUUUCUUUGCUGUCCAUUUUAAAAACGAACCAUUCAGAAAUUAUAAUUUUAAUGUAUUGUGUUAAUAAUUUAAUAAUUUCAAAUCGAAACGGAAUUUAUAAUUAAUUCAUGUUUUGUUACUUUAUCGUCCGGUUAUUUUUUAAUCAGUCCUACUUAUAUACCCCUAAAGUUAUACAUUCCGUCUUAUUAAAACAGAAUAAUGUCAAAAUAAUGUCAAUUAAGUAUUCUCUUCAGAACAUGACUAUGACUGUCUGUGUUGAAUACUUUAGUAAAUAUAUGAUUGUAUUUCAUGUGAAAUAUUUAUAGAUACAUACAUCCUAUUAUUGUAAUUAACCUAGGUCUCCUAUAAAAAAUAUAGGCCGCCGACUAAGCCAAUUUGCUACAGAAAUGAGGUGCAGGCUGACUUUGGUUUGUAAAAGAAAUCACAGCGAAAUGUUUCGGUGUCCUGCACAUUGCUGGAGGCAAGUAAGGUUUGUCGGUAGCUUAUCACGUUUCCAGAGAUUACGGGCCUCAUGAAGUUAAUGAUUACUAUCGUCAAUGUUCUGUACAAUAGCAUAAAAAGAUGUGAUUACUGAUAAUAAUAUUGCUUUCAUAUUGUAU